AUGGAGUUUUUUAACCCUGAAAAUUUGCCAGUGGAAAAGCUGACGCUGUCAGUUUCGAAUGCAGGGGUAGUUCAAAAUAUAAAGGCUCUGGAUGUAUAUUGGGUUGAAAAAAGACAAUGGUUAUUAUAUGAGCGCCCACCAGAAAGCAACAAUAUGAUACUUGGAGCUACUGAUGCAUGGAAAAUGAAAAUGAAGGUUUACUUAGAAGACCUGAAAUGGCUCCUUGGUUUAAAACACCAUAGAUUUUGGAGCACAGUUUUGUAUGAUACUAACUGUAUGGAUGCUUUAGUAUCUUUCUUACAAGAAGCAAGUCCUCCAUACAUGCCGCCACAUGAAUGUAAAGAGGCACAAAGACUAUAUGAGCAAAUCAGAAGACUUAUACUUAUAAUUUUCAGUAGGCUUAUAACAAACAAAGAAAGUAAGUCGCAUUGGAUGAGCAAGGAGUACAUGGGCUCGCUGCUGUACGACCGUUUCAUCUUUACCGUACCUGUGGUGUGGGACCUCUGUCUGGUAUACGGUGUGGACAACUCCAGCCACUUGGCGCGUCUCCUGGACGGCGUGUUCUCUCUGCAGCCGCGGUACUUAGCGGACACGGCGGCUGCCCUCGCCUUCGUCAAAGAGGCCUUCAAAUUCAUAACGCUACAAGUGAACAAAGACUACGAUAGUGAGGAGCCUCCAAAUCUCCCGGAAACCUUCAAGGGUUUCGGCGAGAUCAAAAGGCCCGCGGAGAGCCGUGGUCCAGACAGCCUCACAUUCGAAGUGCUUCGCGAUCUGAUCGUACACCUGUUGGAUACGGCGAUGACACUGAGGGUAUUCAUAGAGGUCUACCCCAAAGCCGUUGAUAUCUUCAGGAAAACGAGUUUUGUUCUAAGUAUAGUCCAGCUGUACGAGUACGGCAUUCCGAAGUUCUACGAGAAGCUGGAGGAGUUCGGCGAUAAGCUGGGCGGCGGGAAGGUGACAGAAGUCGUCACCCACGUGGACCUUGUCAGAUCGGAGCUCAUCGACAUCCUACGAGAGAUAUUGGCUAUAUACAAGAAUGCCAUAUUCAGCGGGGAGGGUAAUGUGGCGGCACACGUGGAGGAUUUCCUGGCGGUGAUGAUGGACGCUCUCGCCGAGAAACUUCUGAUCAGGGACUACCAUCUCUGCUACCCCGUCAACGAGGAUCUGGAGAUGUUGCGGCAGGCGUACCCAGACAUAGACACGGUGAAGACGGAUUUCAUCCUGCAAGCGAUCUACUCCAAUCUGGAUGAGCCUUUGCCCGAAGAGGCGCUGGGGAAUCCCCACGGCGUGUUGACCAACGGCCACCUUCCGGUCAUAAACAGCGCCGGCCCGAGCGGGGCCAUAGACAACGCCGCUUCUGCUGCCAUAGACACGACCGCUUCCUCUGCCACAGACAACGAAAUCCCGCUGCAGGUGAAGGAGGAGUCGCUGAUCAGCGAAGUGAAGGACAUCCUGCCGCAUCUAGGCGACGGUUUCAUCUUGAAAUGCCUGCAGCAUUACGGCUUCAAUUCCGAACGGGUCAUUAAUAGUCUAUUGGAGGGGAAUCUGGCGGAGCCUUUGAGAGGCGUCGACCAGACCCUGCCCAUAAUCCCCGAGGACCGCGUAGACCAGAAGUUCCUGGAGACGGGCGUGCAGAGGCUGAACGUGUUCGACGGCGACGAGUUCGACAUAAUGACUCGAGACGACGUCGACGUCAGCCGGAUACACGUGGGAAAGAAACGGCGCGAGUACAGGGACCUGCGCGACAUGCUCGACGACAAGGCGGAGGUGAGGAGCCGCGCGGACAUCUACAGCAAGUAUAAUUUGGUGUGCGACGAGGUGUCCAUGUACUCGGACGAGUACGACGACACUUACGACGGGGAGGAGGCGGGGGCGCGGGACGCCGCCGCCCCGGACGACGUGCGCCCCUUCGUCACGCCGCGCGUGCUCGCCGCCAGGCAGACUCAGUCUGAGGAGUCAGAGGAAGAGGAAGACACGAAACAGGUCCAGGAGUUGGGAGCGAAAACGACCGCGAGCAGAGACAGGAUGGACUUCUGCAUAAACCCAGAAGAGAUGCGCGCGAGGAGAGAGGCCAACUUCCAAGCGAGGAGAGGCAAAGGAUUCAGACCGCCGCCACCUCGCAACACUGACGUCGCCGGCAAGCCAAAAGGCCAGGGUCAGGACAAGGAAGUGCUGGUGAACAGGGACAAGAAGGAGAAGCACAAAUCCUCGCGCGGCAACCACAACAGGCGGCAGGGGGCCCAGUGGAAGAGGAGCCAGGGCAUGAUGCCCUCG